AUGCGUGUUCGCUAUGUGUUCGGUGUGUCGCCGAGAAAUUAUCGUACGAUUUUGUUGAAUCACUUGGGUUUCGUCAACAAACAUCUCAAUUCAUUCGCAAGCAUACGCUCGUCUAAAAAACACGCAAUUUUCGAUUAACAACAAAAUUAUUCAAAAUGGGUUUGCAAGAAGAUUUCGAGAAGGCCGCCGAAGAUGUAAAAAAUUUGAAGGAAACGCCCGCUGACGGUGACCUUUUGGAAUUGUACGGAUUGUACAAACAGGCGACAGUGGGUGACAUUAACACCGCUCGUCCAGGCAUGCUAGAUUUCAAGGGAAAAGCGAAGUGGGACAGUUGGAACCACAAGAAGGGGACCGACUCGGAGAAGGCCAAGCAAGACUAUGUGAAUAAGGUGCAUGAAUUGAUCGGGAAAGUUGGUCUAAACCAGUGAACCACCAAUCGGUUUGAAAAAAAAAUCAACACUUACAGCGCAGAUCAAAGGUCAUCCAUGGCAAUGGAUGGAAAAAUUUCUUAUGCAUUAAUCAUAAUAUUUUUUUUUCUUUUCACAAUUUUAUCGGUGUGAGGUUAUCUCUACACUUGAACAACGAUAAAGUCGCUGUAUGCAAUCAUUUUUUUUACCAAAUGUAUGAAAAAAUUUAAUAAAAAUUUGAUAUUCAACAUUUUGCUACACACACACAC